UCUCCUCCCCACGCACACAUCCCUCGCCAUGGCUGACCUCCCCUCCGCCUUCUUCAACGACUCCUCCCCCGGCUGGACCGCCGCCGGCGGCAACUCCCGCGAAAUGGACGUCAACCUCGCCUACGUCGCUUCCGGCUUCCACCAGGUCUGGAUGAUGUCGGCCACCGUCUUCGUCUUCCCCAUCAUCCCCGGCCUCGGCCUCUUCUACGCCGGCCUCUGCCGCCGCAAGUCCGCCACCACCCUCCUCUGGCAGACCCUCGGCGUCCUCGGCGUCAUCUCCUUCCAAUGGUUCUUCUGGGGCUACUCCCUCGCCUACUCCUCCGACGCCGACCACUACAUCGGCACCCUCAAGAACUUUGGCUUCCGCAACGUCGUCGCCGCCCCCUCUGGCUACCUCCCCGAGCCCCUCUUCGCCCUCUACCAGUGCAUGUUCGCCCUCUGCACCGUCAUGAUCAUGAUCGGCGGUGCCUUUGAGCGCUGCCGUCUCCUGCCCUCCAUGGUCUUUGCCUUUUGCUGGUGCACCAUCGUCUACUCCCCCAUCGUCUGCUGGACCUGGAACGCAAACGGCUGGCUCUACCUCCUCCCCGCCCUCGACUUCGCCGGCGGCGGCCCCGUCCACAUCUCCUCCGGCACCGGCGCCCUCGCCUACGCCCUCAUCAUCGGCAAGCGCAUCGAGACAAACUCCCCCUCCCGCAAGGUCCCCAAGUUCGUCCCCCACAACCCCACCCUCAUCUUCCUCGGCACCUGGAUGAUCUGGUUCGGCUGGUUCGGCUUCAACGGCGGCUCCACCCUCAACGCCUCCGUCCGCACCUCCUACGUCCUCGUCAACACAAACCUCGCCGCCGGCUGCGGCGUCAUCGGCUGGUCCCUCGUCGACUACAUCCUCUACCGCGGCCGCUUCUCCCUCGUCGGCGCCUGCCAGGGCUGCAUCGCCGCCCUCGUCGGCAUCACCCCCGCCGCCGGAUACGUGCCCGUCUACUUCGCCGCCGUCAUCGGCUUCCUCACCGCCGUCGGCGUCCGUCUGUGCGAGAACCUCAACGAGUGGAUCCGCGUCGACGAAGGCAUGGAGGUCUUCAAGCUCCACGGCAUCGGCGGCAUGAUCGGCGCCAUCCUCACCGGCCUCUUCGCCGCCGACUGGGUCUCCAUGCUCGACGGCGCCAGCGACUACUCCGGCUGGGUCGACCACCACUACAUCCAGCUCGGCUACCAGCUCGCCGAGAUCUGCGCAAUCGUCUCCUACACCUUUGGCGUCACCGUCGUCCUCCUCCUCAUCAUCGACCACAUCCCCGGCCUCAAGUUCCGCGUGCCCGAGCACCAGGAAAUCGAGGGUCUCGACAAGCACCUCUUGUUCGAGGAAGGCAUGGGCGACUACGAGCUCUUUGAAACCCUCCGCGCCGCAGGAUACAUCAACGCCGGCGGCUCCGUCCUCGGCGACGGUCUCGGCGGCGGCGUCGAAAUCACCGAAGCUGCCCCUUCGGGCUCGUCGCAGGAGCAGGAGAAGGAAGUCACGAGCGAUAAAGCUCCUACCGGCAGCACCUCCAACGACAAAGUCGUCAGCGGCGCUGUCUAACUUCCUUUCAUUUUAAAUUUCUUUUGCUCUCUUUUUACGGUUGAUGGUGCACGUUUUCUCAUGUUUUUUGUUAUAUCUUUGGUCACUUUACGUCUCUAAUUCUGCUCGCGAGAGCCUGUACACUUUAUAAUAAUCUAAUCUAAUGCAAUAAACGCUUUGUACUUUAC